AUGCAGCACAUGAUUCCUGCAUCUUUCACCAUGCCGCUCACCACACUCUUCGCCAGGCGUUCCGCCCAACACAUGUCCAACGGGACCACUGUCCAAGCCAGCAAUGACACUACCAUCAUGGUUCCAGCUGAACCGGUUCACCACAAGCGCAACUCCUCUGGUGGUCGCAUCGCUGCCGGCUUCCGCAAGAUAUUCUCCGGCCGCGACCAUGACAACUCUACAAGUCAGGUCUCGGUUGAUACACCAUCCAGUCAACUAUCAGAGUCGCAGCGAUCGCGCCCAUCUUCUCCGGAGACCGCAUCCACACCACCGUCGACUGCUGGCUCGUCCUCCCCAGGCUUAGCCAACAAGAAUGCCCGCACCGACUUGGAGCCCGCUGCCACUUCACCUGAGGUGAGAAGGACUACUGAGAGUCUCUGCGAGGCCCCCAUCCACGCGACCACUGGCCCUCACGAUGAUAUCGUGUCCGCCGCGCCUGCCCAAGAAUCCAAUCAUCACGACGCGAUCAUGGCCGCAUACGCAAAGGCUGAAGAGAUACUCGCAGCACGUCAUGCGACUCUCCAGACCAAGGCCGAGGAUGGCAAAGGUUUGAAGAAGCACUUGGGCCUCAAGCUCAAGAACAUUACCGCCAAAGAGGCUGCUAAGGCCAAGGAGACGCACACCGCGGGUGCUGGCCCUUCCCUCCCCCGCCCUGAACCAGCACCACGCAGCACAGAGGUUCGGCGACAACCUCAAACUGCCAGUGAUGCCAUGGCCAUGCUGGAGCGCCGUGAGCGAAUCAUGUCCAUAACAUAUGGUGCGGUAUUCUAUGGGUGUCAGGAUGCCUACGACAAGCUGGAGCGCCUCAACAACCACUUCUGUGACCGGGAUAGCGGACUCAAGCCCCUGAAUGCCGAUAUAGUCAUUGGUUUCGGCGACUACCACCUUCGUGCCAAUGACUUGGGCUUCUUUGAGCACACAUGGAUUGCCCGGUACAACUAUUUCCGGCUAUUCCAACGAAAGCUCAAUAGUCGAGAGAUUAGUAUCGACGAUUACGAGUUCCUUGUUGAGCAGCUCUUCCCCGCCGACGAUGCCCAGCUCCUGGAUCCCGAGGACUUCGACAUCUACCUCGAGCCCCUCGUAGAAGAGGGCAUUUUCGACAUGGACCAGUUCCUGCUGCUCCGAGACCUUGGUGUCUCACAAGAGGAAAUGGACCGCACCAUCCACUACACCCAUCCGGACGUUGCUCCUCGUGUGCAAGCACGUCGGAAUGCGGACAACAAGUACUUCCGGAUGCCACAGCGUGCCAUGCGGACCGGGUCUAUCGACCUUCCCGGCCAACCUAGGCGCGACGACAACCUGCACCAGUACCUCCAGCUCCUCGUCGAAGCCGCCGUCUACAAGCAGACCCACUACCGUGGGUUCUACUUUGGGAACGCCGCAGCAGAACUCGGUCGAUUCCACCAAGCAUACGCCUUGAGUGAGAAGGACAAGCUCCUGCCACCGGAGCUGACCGACUACAACCGCUCAUGGACGUACGCUGAGUCCCGGCUUCUCGAGCGCGGCCAGUUGCUUUGCAACUUGCUCAAGCAGUACCAGGCGGGCACCAUCACCGACUUUGGUGUCCUUCGGGUUGUUCGCGCAACCCUUGUCCCUCUCCCAGGACAGCCGCGGUUCGGCAGGACAUAUCUGGAGAAGAUGUUGUACGAUCGUAGCGUCGGCGCCGGUAUGGCGAUUCACCAGAUCCCAGAGAUUCUAUCUCUGAUGAGGGAGCAUGACUCGGUCAUGUCCUGCCCGACUGUGCGUCAGACUAUGAUUGCUGACAUGCAGAAUACUGCCGUGGCCUUCGAGGCAGAGGAGAAGAUUCGGUUGGCCGACAUCAAGGCUGACCGACGGACCUUCAAGAAGCAGUUGAAGAAGGAGUUGGGAGUUUGGGGACGGGUCAAGCGCAAGGCCAAGGGUGUGUUUGGCAGGAAGAAGGCGGUAGUUGAGGCAGAGGGCUUCAACCCUUUUAGCCCUGAGCAUGGGAGCUGUGUCCCAGAGGGGAAGGCCGAUGGAUCCUUCUAUGCUUGA